GGUUACUUCCCUCUCCCGGGGAGUUCACCACAGCGUCCUACCCCAGAACCCCAGCUCACCGUCUACGACACUGCCCACGACACUGCAGACAGCGAGGACUUCAUCGUCUUAUCCUGUACGCGUCAUGUCUACCCAGCCCCUCAGCAGUACUCCUCCGUCUUCCAAGCCCAAGCGCUCCUCCAAGAUGGCCUCUAGCCAGUCGCUGACCCAUCUGCUCAACUUCACCCUUCCGCCGAGGCAAUCUCAUCACAAUCAGAGCUUGCCGCGGAGGACUAGGAGGUCUAAUGCGCACCCAGCCGUAUGGAACAAGGAGAGAUUUGUGAAUGCUCAGUACCGCUUCGUUAUGAAUCCCCAUGGCGAUUACACUGUUCACUUUGCGGAUCCGGACAUUUUCUUCCAGUGGCAGGAUAUCUUGCAGGUCAUCGUCCCGCGCACCUCUGCGAUUGCUUCUGCUGCUGGCUCAGGAGAGCAAGCUACUCAAGACGAAGGCGUCACAACAUGCCCCAUCUGCCUCUCGCCCCCUACCGCGCCACGGAUGACCAAAUGCGGUCAUGUAUUCUGUUUCCCGUGUAUUCUGCAUUAUCUUAAUACCGCCGAUAAUACCAAGUGGGUGCGGUGCCCCAUCUGUUUCGACUCUGUCCACGAGAGACAGCUCAAGGCUGUCAAGUGGUUCGACGAGGUGCCGCCGGUCGACGAUACAGAGGAACCCUCUGCGCAGGCUUCGUCUUCGUCCUCUAGCGCAGAUGAUGGCUUGGUCACGACUCCUCGGCCUGGAUCGACACUGCGGAUGCGAUUGAUCCAGAGGCCUCAGAUCACUACACUGGCUCUUCCUCGCUCGGAGACUUGGCCUUCCGAUUUGCUCCCUCCGCACCAAGCCCCCUUCCACUUCCUGCCCGAUGUCCUUCCCUUCGCGAAAUUCAUGCUCGCGACUCCGGCAUACCUCAUCCAGGAUCUGACCAAGGACCUUGAUGAUCUGGCAACAGAGCGGCGCAUGCUGUCUAGCAUGGGUGACGAACUCGGUGUAGCCUUCGUGGACGCUGCUGAAGCCAAACUUCGCGUCCAGAUUGCGAAGGCGUCCGCACUGGAGACCACACAGCUGCAGGAAGCUGUGGACAGCGCUCUUCACGUCCAGCAACAGAUCCGUGAUCGUACGAAUCUGCACGACAGACGCAGGAGAGACGAACAGGCUCGUGUUCCGCGUCCUGAGCCUGAGGAGAUACCUCAGGAGCUGCUCGCUAGUCAGAACGGCGGCUUAAUACAGCCAAACAUGCCCAAGGCUAUGACUCAUGCGAUACCCUCGUCGCCAUCUGUACGCUCUGCGACACCUACUCGCGGUCCUCGGCAGCGUCGGAAUCUUAACCCUCCUCCGCCUUCGACAUCGACCUACUACUACUACCAGGCAGCAACAGGCAUGCCCGUAUUCCUCCAUCCGCUAGACAUCCGCAUUCUCUUCUCGCACUUCAACGGGUACGCGGCCUUCCCAGAUACCAUCUCGGUCCGCGUUGAGUCGUAUGCGGAGAGUACGGUCAACGACGAUCUGCGCAAGCGGUGCAAGUACCUUGGCCACUUGCCCGAGGGCGCGGACGUGGUCUUCGUCGAGGCGGAUCUGGAGGACGUCGUCGGCGCGGAAGGGCUCAAGAAUUUCGAGGGCCCGCUUCGCAUGCGCCCGCGCGCGGAGGAGCGUGAGAGGGAGAGGCUCGCACAGGCCUGGAGACCGCGGCUCAUGGGUCGCCCUGCGUCCUUAGUGCAGCCAUCCUCUACUGGACGUCGUGGAAGGCGACGACUUGCGGAGCUACUGGUGCAGCAGCCUGCUGGAGCAUGGGGAGCGAGGAGUUCGCAUCUGCCGCGCAGAGCGGGCCGACGGGACAGCGAGCUCCCUGCGCGCAGCGAGCGAAACGCGGAAGAGGACGAGUGGGAUCUCGACGUGGCGUUCCAUGAGUUGGAGCAACGUGGUUCGAGAGGCGGUGGGAGGAAGAGAAGCGCGAAGAUGGUGGUUCUGGGCGGUGGCGGCGGAGGAGGCGGUGAUAUAGCUGACAUAUAA